AUGAAACCAAAAACUAUGGCUUCAGAGUCAUUUGAAAGGUUUAAUAUUUUUCCGUCUCAAGUUGCAUCCAUAAUCGAUCAUUAUCUCUUCGCCAAUAAUUUCUCCCUCAUGCGUGCCACCUUCCGAAUGGAGGCUUCCUCCCUCUUUGCCAAUUCGUCAGUCAACCAGGACAUGGAAAAUGUUCUCAACACUUACAAUGUCUCUCCUCGACCAACCGUGUCGAAUGAUGUGGUAAUGAACGGAACCUCUGCUGUUGUUCCUCCCUUCAGGGUUUGUAAUAAAAUCACUUCAGGUCAUUCUAUGUUGCAGUAG